ACAAUAUAGUUCAAAAGAAGUUAAGAUCAAUUACAGCUAAAUUACGCAUAAAUUCCCUCUAUCCACACACUCCUUAACUCAAUGGCUGAGUCCAAAUUACACUCUUCUGUUACAUUUCCAAGUAUCAGUAAAUGCGAAUCCCACGGGCGCGAAAAGCACACAGUCGUAGCUGACAUGGAUGGAACUUUGCUCAUAGGCCGCAGUUCAUUUCAUUAUUUUGCAUUAGUGGCCUUUGAAGUUGGUGGGAUGUUAAGGCUUCUUUUCUUGCUCUUGGCAUCUCCAUUAGCUGGAAUUCUGUACUAUUUCAUCUCAGAAUCCGCAGGCAUUCGUGUACUAAUAUUUGCAACAUUUGCGGGCAUGAAAGUCUCCGAUAUUGAGUCAGUUGGGCGUGCUGUUUUGCCUAAAUUUUACUCCGGUGACUUGCAUCCCGAGACAUGGCGUGUUUUCUCGUCGUGUGGGAUGAAAUGCGUGCUAACAGCGAACCCCCGCAUCAUGGUGGAGGCCUUCCUGAAAGAGUAUUUAGGUGCUGAUUUGAUUAUAGGGACUGAGAUUUCAACGUACAAAGGAAGAGCCACAGGACUUGUUACUAGCCCUGGAAUUCUUGUUGGCAAGAAUAAGGCGGAGGGCCUUCGGAAAGCAUUUGGGAAUACCACACCAGAAAUUGGGAUUGGUGAUAGAAAGACUGAUUAUCCAUUCAUGAACCUCUGCAAGGAGAGCUACAUGGUUCAUAGAACCCCCAAAGUGCAGCCCGUCAGCCAGGACAGGCUGCUAAAGCCAAUAGUAUUCCAUGACGGCCGGCUUGUACAAAAACCAAGCCCCCUAAUGGCCCUUUUAAUCAUUCUAUGGAUCCCAAUAGGCUUCAUUCUAGCAUGCAUACGUAUCGCUGCUGGGGCGCUCCUCCCAAUGCCAAUGGUCUAUUACGCGUUUCGGGCACUCGGAGUUAGGGUCACCAUCAAGGGCACUCCACCACCUCGGCCCGAAAAGUCCUUAGGCCAAACCGGCGUCCUCUUCGUUUGCUCACACCGGUCCCUCCUCGACCCAAUUUUCCUCUCCACGGCCCUGGGCCGCGCUAUUCCUGCCGUCACAUACUCGCUAUCCCGGCUGUCAGAAAUCAUAUCACCCAUCAAAACGGUUCGUCUGAACAGGGACCGGGCCAAGGAUGCUGACAUGAUCAAGAAACUACUAAAAGAAGGUGACCUAGUGAUAUGCCCCGAGGGGACAACCUGUAGAGAACCAUUUCUGCUGAGGUUUUCAGCACUUUUUGCAGAACUAACUGACGAACUGGUACCAGUGGCGAUGUCUAAUCGGAUGAGCAUGUUUCAUGGGACGACGGCCAGAGGGUGGAAAGGGAUGGACCCGUUUUAUUUCUUCAUGAACCCGAGCCCGGCUUAUGAGGUGACGUUCUUGAAUAAGCUGCCUGGGGAUUUGACCUGUGGGGCUGGGAAAUCAAGCCACGAGGUGGCGAAUUACAUACAGAGGAUGAUCGCAGCAACACUGUCGUACGAGUGCACCAGCUUUACUAGGAAGGAUAAGUACCGAGCCCUGGCUGGGAAUGACGGCAAUGUGGUGGAGAAACCGAGGAAAAUUGCAGCUGAUAAAGUCAUGGGUUCCUGAAAAUUAUGC